GUGUUCCAGUAUGUAGAGGACAACCUUGCGGUCAUGUCUAUUGGCUUCCUACUCAGCAGUCCUGAUGAUGCUGUUAUCUGGAGAGGACCCAAGAAGAACGGGAUGAUCAAACAGUUCCUGCGAGAUGUCGAUUGGGGGGAACUGGAUUACCUCAUCGUGGACACGCCCCCCGGCACCUCUGACGAACACCUGUCUAUCGUCCAGUACCUUAGCUCCGCCCACAUCGACGGAGCCGUCAUCAUCACCACCCCGCAGGAGGUAUCUCUUCAGGAUGUCAGGAAGGAGAUCAGGUUCUGUCAGAAGGUCCAGCUACCCAUCAUAGGAGUGGUGGAGAACAUGAGUGGGUUUGUCUGUCCCAAAUGCAAGAACCGUCUCAGAUCUUCCCCCACCACGGGAGGAGCAGAGAGGAUGUGUGAAGAGAUGAACCUUACUCUGCUAGGACGAGUCCCACUGGACCCCAGGAUAGGUAAGAGUUGUGAUGAAGGGAAGUCAUUCCUGACUGAAGUCCCAGACUCCCCUGCUGCUGCUGCUUACCACUCGAUAGUACAGAGUAUCCAGGCCUACUGCUUGUCCCAUGUGACACGGGAGGAGAGUGCUGGCUAG